AUGGAACAAAUGAAUCCACUCUUGGACUUGGACUCUAAGGAUGAGGUUCGUAUGAUAGGAAUAUGGGGAAUGGGAGGCAUCGGCAAAACCACUAUCGCCAAGUAUAUAUAUGAACAACUUAGACAUCAGUUUUCACCUCAUAAUUGUUUCAUACAGAACGUUAGGGAGACAUCUACCAAACAUGGUCUCUUACACUUGCAAGAACUGCUUCUCUCUAAAAUUCUUGGCAAAGUAGAUGAGAAGUUGUGGAGCGUGGAACAGGGAGCCGAUCUAAUCAAGUCAAGGCUUGGAAAACGAAAAAUUUUGAUUGUCCUUGAUGAUGUGGAUGAUGUGAAGCAGGCCCUAGCACAAGAGUGUGCAUGGUUUGGACCAGGGAGCCGAAUCAUCGUAACCACACGAGACAAGAGCGUCUUUAACUUCUGUUAUGUGGUAUAUGAUGUUAAGUGCUUGGAUAAAGAUGAUGCUCUCAAUCUAUUUGUACAUAUUGCUUUUAAAGGAAGACGCCCUUUAUUUGCCGAUAUACAGCUUUCAUUGCGUGCAUAUGAGCUUGGCCAUGGUCUUCCUUUGGCCCUAGAGGCUUUAGGUUUAUAUCUCCAUGGCAAGUUCCAAAAGGCAUGGGAAAUUGCAUUAGCAUCAUUUAAAGCAGCUCCGUACGAGAAUAUCACAAAUAUCUUGAAAGUUAGCUAUAAUAGCUUAAACAAAGAUGGUAAGACUGCUUUUCUUCAUGUUGCAUGCCUCUUUAAUGGAGAUCCUGUUUGGCGCGCCAUGACCCUUCUUGAUAGUGGAGAACUAGGGAUAAGCCUGUUAGAGGAAAAGUCUCUAAUCAACAUAUCUAAUGAUGGGUAUAUAGCUAUGCAUGCUUUGGUAGAGAAUAUGGGAAGACAGAUUGUGAAACUAGAAUCCGGAAACAAGCCUUCUGAUCAACGAAUUUUGUGGGAUCCAGAGGACAUAUAUAGUGUGCUAGUUGAAAACGCAAGACUUUUGCAUCUGAGGAGGCUUGAUAUGACAGGCUCUAAGGAUCUGAAAGAGCUUCCAAAUCUUCAGGAAGCUGUGUGUCUUGAGGAGUUGAUACUACGAGGUUGCAUUUCCCUGAAACGGAUUCCGACGUCAAUCUUUAGAUUAUCUAAACUGAAGAAGUUUGAUUUAUUUAACUGUGAUGGGAUUAAGAAUCUAAUUAUAAUAGGUGAAUCUGAACCUACUGCUAUACAAGUCAACAGCUCCGGCCGGUGCAUGCACGUUAGAUUGAUCCGCAUGGAUUUUCAACAAAAGAAAGAGAUGGAGAGCGUUCCUCUUACAAAUCUAUCAGUCAUGGGCAAUAUCAAAAUUGAGCUAGAGCUUCUUUGGGGAGAUGCAGAUCAUCUAUGUUUUAUUUCGGAGCAAAAGACCUCUGAUAAACAAAUGAUGUCGGAAACUUGUGCAGCUCAACUCAGUUCACCACCCUACAGUUUUAAAUCACUCGACAUCAUGCGGCUAACACGCAAUAAGAAACGUGAUCCUUUCGAGUGUUAUAGCUUUACAGAUUUUCCGUGGUUGACGGAUUUAAAUCUAAUCAACCUAAACAUCAAAAAAAUCCCAGAUGACAUUAACCACAUGCAAGUCCUAGAGAAACUGGACCUAAGUGGAAAUGACUUCAGGGUAUUACCUACAUCGAUGAUUCAUCUUCCGAGGUUGAAGCAUGUGACACUUUCCAACUGCCGCAGACUUGAAGCAUUGCCAGAACUAUAUCAGCUGGAGACGCUCACACUUUCCGACUGUAACAGCCUCAGAGUAUUGGUGAACCUUCUUCAUUCAGAACAAGAUCAAAGAAGAUAUUGCUUGCUUGAGCUUCGUCUUGACAAUUGCAAGAAUGUUCAGUCUUUGUCUGAUCAGCUUACUCGGUUUACUAAUCUAACAUAUUUAGAUAUCAGUAGACACGAUUUUGAAACAGUGCCUACAAGCAUCAAGGAUCUCUCUUCCUUGGUAACUCUCUGCCUCAAUUAUUGCAAGAAACUCAAGUCAUUGAAAGAAUCACUUCCAUUGAGCCUUAAGUAUCUAUAUGCGCAUGGCUGCGAAUGCCUGGAUACUUCGAUUGACCAUGACGUUGAUCACCUUGACCUUAGCCCUUGCAUCCAGUGGAAGCAGGAUUCUAGUCAAAUCAUUCGAUUCCCAGCUGGAAGACGUAGUGAAGAGGUACAUGCAUGUGAGUGCUUCCAGGAAACUAAGAUGCCGAUCAUGAAUCAGGCUGUAACGAGGAGUCCCAUAUCAGUCCUCAUACAGCGUUUAAAGCCAAUAUUACGGGGUCUUUAUAACUCAAUCCCAUGA